AUGUUUCGUUAUCAAAAUGGCUGCCAAGUAAACAAUUAUAUUUUGUGAUUUUUCUCCUUUGAUUUAUUGCGCUUUGGCUGAAAUCUGUUUCAUUUUUUUUUGUGUAAUUUAAUUGUAUUGAUAAACACAUGUUUCACUUCUUCGAGAUCUAUUUCUCUGAAUAACGAGCGGAUAGCGAGAGAGAAAGCAAAAAAAGUAUGGCUCAACAAAACAUGGUGUUGAAAGUUUAUGUUCAACGUGAUUAUUCACGGGGUACAAACUGUCGUUUCAUGAGUGAGAUGCCUGUAGAAUUACAAGGAAGAAUUGAAGUUGAAAUCUUUCUAAAAACAAUUGAAAGAAUCAAUGAAAUCAUGAAUGAUGCAGAGAAAAUAGGUUGUGCUUCAUAUUUUGAAAACUGUCUUGGUUGUCUUACUGGAUAUCUUAGUUUGUUGUGUGUAGAAACUCAGUAUGAAAAGGCUUUAAAAAGACUAACAGAAUAUGUGAAUCAGCAAAAUGACAAAAUAUUUGUACCUAAAGGCUUAAUGAUCACAAAUCCUAUUGAGAAAGGACUCCGAGUAAUUGAAAUAAGCAUUUUAAAUCUUGGAUCAAGAUAAUGAACAUUUCUUGUAAGGAAUAAUGAACAAAGGUAGAAGAAGGCUUUUCAACUACCAUAUUCUAUGUACAAGGAUACAUUGAGCAAUGAUAUUGGGCAAAUUAUUUGUAUUAUAGACUUCAUCUGCUACAAAUAUUAGAAUUGAACAAUAAUGCUCAAAUAGUAUUAUAUAUAUAUAUAGUACACCAUAUAUUCAGUUAAUUAAUUGCAGAUAUUUUAGCAUUGCAGUUUAAUGUUAAUGUAAAAUCAUGUGCUUUAUACACUGGUAGUAUAGCUCUGUAUCAAAUUGUCAGGGUUUGAAAAGGAAAUAGUUAUCCUAAUGCGAGGGAUUUGCAAAAACCAAA